AUGGGCAACGAAAUAGUGGUUCGCUGUCAUUGUGGACAGACGAAUAUCGCUAUGCAACUCCAAGGAUCACUACCUCACCAAGGUCCGGUGUGUCACUGCGAUAGCUGUCGGCACGUAACUGGAGCAUUGACGUUGAGCAGUGGACCACCUCUCCUAGAUCCUCCUGUGGACGUGCUCAAGCAGAAGCUAACGCAAUACGCUACUUCGCCGAAGAUAACACGUUAUUUCUGUCAGGAAUGUGGCAGUCAUGUGGCUUACCAUGUGGUGGCCGAGGAUAGAUGGUGCAUUUGCACAGGUGCUAUCGACAAAGCCAAACAUGGGAAGUUGGAGGCAAUAGAAGCUAUUACCGGUCACGAGUAUCUUGCGGACACAAAAGAUGGCGGUCUGAGCUGGUGCUUUCCCAACGUACCCUGCUACCUGGAAGACGAUGGACAAUCACCAGUCGAGGACCUCAAGGCGGAAUUGAAGAAGCCACGCGACGAUGAAGCAACAGCCGAAACCCCAGAAAAACUCCGAGCUGAAUGCCAUUGUGGUAGGGUAAAGUUGUCGAUCGACAGGCCUGAUAAUGGUGAUAAAUGGGAAGGCGGAAUUUGUGUCUGUCGUUCUUGUCGUCUCUCUCUGGGUCAGGCAAUAGUGCCGUGGCUCUCCAAUGUGCUGUUCGAGAAGGUUUCGUGGCCUGAUGGUUCCACGUAUUCUGAGGGAGCUACCAAGUACGCGAAGAGAUUCAACAGCUCUGAGGGCACUUGGCGGGAUUUCUGUCCCGAGUGCGGUGCAUCAGUCUCCUGGCAUAGUGACAAGGAGGCAGGACAGAUGGACAUCGCAGCAGGAAUACUGAGAGCAGAAGAGGGUGCUUUGGCGAGAAGAUGGAUCAAUUGGCGGACGACAAAGAUUCACUUCACUGGGGAUGCUGUAGACGCAGCGCAGGUGCAACUGUUGCAAGACAAUCUGCACAAUUUAGACGCUGCUUGA